CGUUUUUCUUCUAAAGCAACAUGUCUUCUUUGAAACAGCAGUUGAAAAAGAUCGGUACCCUCGAUUUACGUAAUGUAACCGAGGCUUCCAGAAAAUCAAGAGCUUCAUUCUUAUUCAGUGCUCGUGAAGCUGCCGAUCAAGAUCUCGAGACUAUCUAUUCUAUUGCUUAUAAUGGUAUUAUGGAACUUGUCAUUCUUGACGAGAAAUUCGCUCCAUUCGAAAAGACUCUCUUUUCUGAAAGAAUGAAGUCAGUCGAUAGAAUUCUCCAGACUAAAGAAGAAAACAAAAAAUUAAAUGCCAGUAUCGAUGCCUUUUUAUGUCAACUUUCACCUUACUUCCUUUUAAAACCUUCUGGAAAAGUAUUGGAAUAUCUUAUCCGUCGUUUCCGUAUUCAGGAUUUCAAUGUUGAAUCUGUCAUCAAAUGUGUAUUGCCUUAUCAUGAAACUAAAUCAUUCGUAAAGAUGGUUUCUCUCUUAACUAUCAAUGACAGAUCACCUUGGGAAUUUUUGGAACCCAUCAAAAAGACUCUAAUUCCUUUGGAGCGCUCCUUGUUAGUAAAGAAGAUGAUGAAAAAUAGAUACGUCUUCAACUUUGUCUGUAAAAUGGUUACCCAUGCUAUUGUUCCUUUCCAAACCCUUUACUCAUUCUAUGUUGCUCUUAUGACUGAUUAUAUCAAACUUGCUCCCUCUGUCAACACUGAUAUGGCUACUGCCCUCACCCCUCAUCUUAUUGAUGGAUUUAAGGAUAAGGAUCAUCCUGAAUUACAACUUGCCAGUUACAUGAUUAUUUCUCAAUUGUCUUCCAAGUCUGUCUUUAGUAAGGAAGGUGCUGAAGCAUUGGCCGAUGCUAUCAUGAAAAACUACAAGAGAAGUUGUUACAAAUAUUGUUUAUUGACCAUUGUCCAUCUCUGUCAAACUCAAGAAAAUUUCGAAUCUGUCUCAGAGAAAGCCGCUACACGUUUGAUUGAUAAUUCUCAUUUCGAGGAAGCUAUUUUGGAAAUUGCCGAUAAGUACGCUACCGAAAACUUCUUCAAGUGUUUCUUGGGUGAGAUUGUUUCUGGAACUAAAAACAUGGAACUUUUAGUUACUUUGGUACUUAAGGGAUAUCUUUCAAGCAGCAACAUUACUCUUUUAACUGAGUCUAUUAUGGAUACUUACCUCUCACUUGACGAUGACACUGAGAAGGAAGAAUAUGUUUCUCAAUACCAAUCCUUGCUGGCUAUGGUAUCCCAACGUUAUGUCGAAGAACUCGAUGCUCUUUUGGAAUCCAAGUUAACUGUCGCCAAAGAUGAUGAAGCUCUUAACAAGACCCUUUAUGAUUUCACUGCGUCUGCUUUUAAGGGUACUAGACACGAAAUUAUCGAGGAAGCCAACACAACUCUUUAUCUUUGUCUUAACAGUCCUGCUACAACAAACCGUCUCUUGGCUGUCAAGAAGUUAGUUUCUAUUAUCGGUGAUGAGUCUAACCCUUUGGCCCAAACUCCCGAAAUUUUCGAAUCAUCUCUCGCUGCUUGUUUAGACAAAUUUGAUCAAUUAUUGACUUAUGCUAUUGAAGAAGUCCCUGAACAUCUUUUAAAUCAAGUUUCAGCUGAAAAGAUUUUGGCUUCUCUUGUUCAUCUUUUUGAAGAUCGUGGUGCCAUCGAUACCAAGUAUGCCGUCUCUGUUGUCAAGUUCCUUUUAACUGACUUUAUUAAGAAGCACCCCGAUCAAGAUUCCCAAGUUGCCCGUAUCUUGGCUGUCUUUGUCUUUGCUGCUUCAAACAAAAACCUUGCUAGCUUAUUAAAGCGUGUCGGUUCUCUUCAGUUCAAAAACAGUCCUCUCUUGUCCUCCAUGUUCGAAAAUGUUAAGGCUGCUUCCAAGAAUAAAGAUUCGUAUGAAGUACUCACCACAUUCAUUAAACUUCAAGCUGAUUGGAUCAAGCAAAACAAGAAGCCCGUCUAUUUGGAAUUCUGGAUUGACAUGGUUAAGAGCAGUUUCAAGCCCGAGACCGUCAUCGGUCUUUUGGUUAUUUCUUUAGCUGUCACUAUCGUAACUAAGGGGGAUGAACAAUACAGUUUGGGUUUAAGUGCAUUAGAAGCUGUUUUGAAAACUGUUGAAUCUCAAAAGGUUCUCUUCUAUUCUACUCAAUUACCCAAUGAGUUCUCUGGUAAUGCUGGUUUACCCUCCAAGGAAGUCAUUAAGGGUUUAAGAAACAUUGAUGAUGUUACCGUCAACAAUAUUGUUCAACUUGCUCAAUUCACUUUGAUCAACUUGACCUCUGCACUUCAACGCUCUGCCGGUAAAAUUGACUGGUACAAGACUGAUGCUGACAACGAGAGCUAUACCCAGUUGGUAUCCAAGCUUUUCAAAACCUUUGUUGGUGGAACUUCAGUUGUUGCUUUCGAGAGUGCUGUUACUCAACUUAUUAAGAGUCAACUCAAGGAUGAUGUGCUUCGUUUCUUGACUAGUAUUUGGGCCAACGGUGACAACAAGUAUGCUGUUCGUGCUCGUGCAUUGCAAAUCACUUCUGCCUAUCUUGGCCAUUAUGUUACAAGUAGUGGUUCCAAGGUUGACUUUCAACAUUUGGUUCCUGCUCUUUUCCCUACUCUUGGCGAUGAUCACCAAUCUGUUCGUGUUCAAGCACUCCGUUGUUUGGAAAACAUUCGAAUGGUUUACCAAUCUCAAGGUUUGCCUAGCGGUCACAAGGUUUACGAUACCACUAUUCCCAUUGAGGAUGUCAAGAAGCAUAAGGCUGUUACAGAUAUCACUAUCCUUCCUGCCAACACUUUCUACAGUCAAACCGCCAAUGUUGCUGAUAUUCGCUCUAACGAAGCCGCUCAUCUUGUCGAUUUCUUGUGGUAUAGAAAUGAUGAAAUUAGUAAGGAUCAUAGUUAUGUCACUCGCUUAUUCAAAGAAUACCUUGCCUUGUGUGAAACUUCUAAGGAAAAGCAACACAAGCUUCGUAAGACCCACACUCUUACUUUCUUGAUCAACCACGUCAAGGCUGCUCCCACUCUCGAGAUCAAGAUCAAUAUGCUUUCUAUGUUGGACUCCAUCGAUAGUCCCUUGAAACUUCAACUUCUUUCUCCUCUCUUGGAAGAGACUUUGAACCAACCCCGUACCAAAAAGACUACCGAUUUGGUCUCCUAUCUUAUCCAUACCUACUUGCCUUGUAAUGCUGCUGCUUUAGGAUCUAAGGGUGAUACUACUUUACCUCUCUUCCUUCGCUUGCUUGCUAACAAGGAUACACUCGAAGGUGCUGAUGAAGAUGGCUGGCAAGUCUCUACUCGUCACUUUGCCUUAGAACAAAUCUCCCCCGAGUUCUUUGCUAAUGCUAACCUCAAGGCUCAACAAGCUAUCUUCUCUUCUUUGAUUGAUAUCGCUACUAAUGGUGUCCAAAACGAAGUCCGUGCUUCCAAGAUGGUCUUGGCCAAGAUUGAUGUCGAUGCCAAGAUGUUUGAUGAUGUCCUCAUGACUGCUGCCAGAAACUUGAUGGGUGUUCCUCCUACCACUCAUGCUGCUAAGCGUGGUCGUACUAACGUUGAAGCUAAGGUCGCUACUCCUUCCGCUUCCGUUGAUCUUUACGAACUCGUUACCAUUCUCGAACUUGUUGAAUCCAAGACCAUUCAAAAGGAUGAGACUCUUGUCAAGCCUCUUUUCGAAGUCUUAACUGCUAUGGUGAACGCUGAUCUUCGUGAUUCUCCUGUGUCUCUUGAAUACAUCAACCAGCUUCUUAUGUCUGCUCUUACUCGCAUUAUUCAUCAUGCUGAAGAAAAGGGUGCUCAUAUUGAAGAGUCUUCACUUCGUGUUGAUAUUGUUGUCCAAUGUAUUCGUAUCACUGGUAAUCCUCAAACUCAUAACCAAGCUCUUUUGCUUAUGGCCACUAUUGCUUCCAUGUUCCCUGAGUGUGUUCUCCACAACAUCAUGCCUGUCUUUACUUUCAUGGGUGCUAAUGUCCUCCGUCAAGAUGAUAACUAUAGUUUCCAAGUCAUUCAACAAACUUUGGAGAAAAUUCUUCCUCCUCUUGUUGUCUCCAGCAGAAAGUCUAACAAUGAUGACGAAGCUGCUCUUGCUCUUGAAGUCAAGCCUAUCAUCAAGGUAUUUGUGGAUGCGCUUUUCCAUAUUCCCAAGCACAGACGUUUGCGUCUUUUCACCGUCCUUAUCCAUACCUUGGGUGAAGAUGAAUUCUUGUAUGCCAUCAUAUCUUUGUUGUUAGAAAAGUUCACUGAAAGAUUGGCCAAGGGUGCUCGCUCUGAGGCUGAAUCUCUCACCGAAUUUAGUUUGAUCAUCAGUCAACACUUUGGUCCCGAAACUCAAAUGAAGGCCAUCUUAUCUCUUUUGAACGGUUUGCUUGUCUUGCCUAACGAAAAGCCUGAAGAUGAGACUAUGGGUAAGGAAUUGCAUUUGUUCAACAUCGCCGAGCACAACGCCAAGCAGCUUCGUCAAUACAAGCUUGCUACUCUUAACUUUGUUGGACAAUUGUUGUCUUCUAAGGGUUUCUUAAACAAGGUCAUGACUCAAGGCAAUGCUUCUGAUGAUUUCACUCAAACUAUGCAGCCUUACUACCUUCAAUCUGUUGAAGUCAUCUUGAAGAUUGUCAGUUAUUUCACUGAAUACCGUGAUGCUUACUCUGUCUCCAAGGAUGCCAACCCUAGUGUCGCCAAGUUUUGGAGAGCCAUUCUUAAGGUUGUAUACGAUGUCUUGGAUAAGGUCAAUGCUCUUCUUCCUUUGGAUGCUUUCGUCAAUGUCAUUACUGAAUUGAUCACUCAUAACGAUAGCUCUAUUCGUCGUAAGGCCAUGAACAUCCUUAACGAGAAACUUAUCACCUUUGACGGACAUGCUCCUGAAGGCAGUGAAGAUAUUUUGGUUAACAUGGUCGGUAAACUUACCACUGUGAUCCAAAAGGAAUCUGCCGGUAGCUUGGCUAGUGAAGAAGAUAGUUCUGUUAACAAACAAUCCGCCUUGCUUUGUAUUGCCUCUCUUGCUAAAAUCCUCGGUAGCCUUUAUCCUGGUCAAUUUGCUGAAGCUAUUCCUGUCAUCAUUGGCUCCGAUAGUCUCCAAUCCGCCAAUGCUCAAUUGCAAAUCUCCAGUCUUGUCAGUCUUACUGUUAUCUGUAGAGAAAUUGGUCCUCGUGCUGUUCCUCAUCUUCCCAAGUUCAUGCCUCUUGUCACUGAUAUCUUGAACACCACUGUUGAGGCUGAGAACCCCAAUACUCUUCUCCAAAUCGGUGUCAUUAGUGCAUUAGAAACCAUCGUUAAUGUCUUACCUCACUUCGUCAGUCCUUAUAUCACCAAAAUGUUGGGUGGUCUUUUACAUCCUUCUAUUUACACUUAUGACGCUGCUCAUGCCCAAAAGGCUAUCAUCGAAACCAAGACUCGCGCUGUGUUAUCUCAAUUAGCUUCUAGUGUUUCUCCUCGUGUUCUUUUGUCCCCUGUUUUCGCCUUCUACGAAACUGCUAUCAAGAAUGGCAAGAAGUCUACUUUAGCUCUCUGCUCUAUUGUUUCUCAAGCCAUCCGUGCCAUGUCUCGUGAUGUCAUGACCUCUCAUUACAAGCAAUUAUUCAAGUUCUUCCUUACCGCAUUUGAUAUUCGUCGUUCACACAAUGACGAUUUCGAGGAAAGUGAUAUUAACGAAAUUGAAGAUGCUAUUAUCUCUGCUUUCCUUGAUUUGGUCAUGAAGUUGAACGAAACCUUGUUCAAGCCUCUCUUCCUCAAGGUUGUUGAUUGGGCCACAAUUGAAUUGGCUGUCGACGGAUUUGCUGUUUCCGAAGAUAGUUUGAAGCGUGUCUUGUUCUUUUACAAAUUGGUUGAUUCACUCUUGGAAAAGCUCAAGUCCAUCUUCACACCUUACUUUGGUUAUUUGAUCGACGAUGUUAUUGCCAGAUUGGAGCGUUACAAGGAAGAACAACAACCUAUCGAUCCUCUUUGGAACUAUAUCAUGUCUUCUCUUCGCAAGUCCUUCUUGUACGAUAAUGACAACCUUUGGAGUGCAGCCAAGUUUGAAAAGAUUGUGGACCCUGUUGUGGAUCAAAUGAUGGUUACAUCUAAGGGUACCAGUAGUGAUUACUUGACUCGUAUGACCACCUAUGUUGUUCCUUGUGUGGGACAAAUGGCUGUUACUGUUUCUAACGAUACUCUUUGGAAGCCCCUUAACCAAAAGGUUCUUUUGAAGACUAGAGAGGAUGAUCCUGAAAUCAGAUUAGCUGCCUUAAAGUGUAUUGAAGAAUUCUAUAUUCGUCUUGGUGAAGAAUGGUUACUCUUCUUGGCUGAAAGUAUCUCCUUCCUUGCUGAACUUAUGGAGGACGAUGAUGUUCGUGUCGAGAAAUACGUACAACAAGUCAAUGCCCAAAUUGAAUCCCACUUGGGUGAAAGUUUGGAUAAAUUCUUUAACUAAAGUUUCUUUCCCUGUUAAAAUUGUGUAAAUAAAAAAAUAAAAACUAGAUUAUUUUGAGC